GCCGGGCGGAAAGUUUGAGUCCCCGUUCUCCGGUGUUUUGUCUCCUCCUCGCCGGUCCGCUCUGACAAAACGCCUCCCUCGGUACCUGCUACCUCGCCAGCCCAGCCCAGCCCAGCCCAGCCAUCGACCGCGGGAAUUCACCCAGAACCCCGUGCUGUCGGGUGGGGGGGCCCGGAAGUUGGCCGGACUCUGCUGUCGUUAUGGUGAUGGGUGGCUUCGGCCUCCUCUGGCUGCAGGUUCUGGCUAUCUCGGCUGCUAAAAUGAAAAUUGUGGAAGAGCCCAACACCUACGGGCUGAAUAAUCCUUUCAUGGCCCAAGUAAACCGACUUCAACCAAAAAUCAAUCCUGCAACCAUUUCAGGCCCCCCUCACCUGCACAGACUGGCUGGGAAAUGCUUCAGUAUGAUCGAGUCAUCGUAUAAGUAUGAGUUCUGCCCUUUCCACAACGUUACACAACAUGAACAGUCAUUUCGCUGGAAUGCGUACAGUGGGAUCUUGGGAAUAUGGCAGGAGUGGGAGAUUGAAAACAAUACCUUUGUGGGAAUGUGGAUGAAGGAGGGAGAUUCUUGUGCCACCAGGAACAGACAGACUAAGGUCCUUUUAACGUGUGGAACCAGCCAUAAGCUGGCCCAUGUCUCUGAGCCGCACACUUGCAUCUACUGGCUGACCUUUGAGACGCCAUUGGUCUGCCAUCCACAGUCCUUACUGGUUUAUCCUAAUCUGAAGGAAGAGCUGCAGAAGAGAUGGGACCGUGCAGAACAGUCACUUUACGAUGGGCUCAUUACUCAGCAGGGUUACAGGAAAUUGCUGCGAGCAAUAUUUGAAGAUGCAGGCUACUUGAAAACUGGUCAAGAGAAAACAGAAACUGAAGAACAAAGCCACUUGCAAGAGGAGACCUUAGAAAGAUGCAGUGAGGAGCGCAAUAAACUCUUAGCAGAGGUGCAGAGGCUAAAGAAUAUACUGACACACCACAACAUCACUACAUUCCUGUCCGUGAGUGAGGCCAUACCAGCUCUAGCCACACCUCAAAUCCCGGGACACUAACAACGGGAGAGAGGCCCCAGGGUUUUGGACGAAUCACCAUGUGCAGCAGAUGAAUACUCCGGACCUUACAACAGGCAUUGUGUAAUUUAGAGGAAUGUUUUUGCUUAAUGCAAACUCUGCUGGUACUACUGAUUUUAUUUUUGCAAAAGGAGACUGAAGUGUAAAGUUUGACUUCAUUCUUGAGUAGAUGGUUUUUAGUUUGUUGGUUUCUACAUCUGAGAUGUUAAGUAAAAUUAUCAGAUUAAAGCUGGAAUGAGAAUGGUGAAGGGGUGUAAGGAGUUGAACUUUUAAAAAGCAAAAUCACGUGAAAUAAAACAACAAAAUACAGGGGAUAAUGCAUAAGAGUAGCUUGGAGAGAGAAACAGAACUUCAGGUCUGUAGCCUUGCAUUGUGGUUAAAUAA